CUCUUAAACCAUACUAAAAAGAAAAGAAAAAUAUAAAAAGCUAAUAAUAAUAAAUAUAAACUAUACAUUAACAAAUUGAACAAACCAAGAUCAUGGAACUUUCUCUUCUCAGCCAUCAGCUCCAUCCUUUGCUCCUUCAUUGCCCUCUCACCACCAAUUUCUUGACAAGAACACAAAAAAGAAUUUACAACAAAACUUCAAAUAAGUUAUUACAAUGCAGCUGUUCACAGUCUUCUUCCAAUAAUACUUCUGUAGAACCAAUCAAUGUGUCUUUACAGAUUGAAGGAAGGAGAACAUUACUGACUUGUCUCCUUACCACAUUUGCUGGAGUUUAUGCAUGUGAUGUGGCUGAAGCUGUUAGCACUAGUAGAAGAGCUUUAAGAGGAGCCAAAAUUCCUGAAAGUGAUUACAAAACCUUGCCUAAUGGUCUGAAGUACUAUGAUUUGAAGGUUGGGGAUGGAGCUGAAGCUGUGAAAGGAUCGCGUGUCGCAAUUCACUAUGUUGCUAAAUGGAGGGGCAUCACCUUUAUGACUAGUAGACAAGGAAUGGGCGUUGGAGGAGGAACGCCGUAUGGAUUUGAUGUAGGCGAAUCUAAGAGAGGGAAUGUCCUAAAAGGUUUGGAUUUAGGAGUCGAGGGCAUGCGAGUUGGAGGCCAGCGACUGUUACUUGUUCCUCCUGAACUUGCCUAUGGAAGCAAGGGAGUCCAAGAAAUCCCUCCAAAUGCAACAAUAGAGAUGGAUGUUGAACUGCUUGCUAUCAAACAAAGUCCAUUCGGGACUGCCGUAAAGAUUGUUGAAGGCUAAUGCACUGGUUUAAUAUUCAGAAUGCUAUGUUAGCAAACUAUGAGAAGAUAAUCUCUGCCCUAGUAGGACGACCUCUACCAGACAGGACUUAGUUUGUCCUUGAUGUGAAUGAACGUACAAUUUUACCUGUUUCUGGACCGGCAUAAAAAAACAAUGAUAAGAUUGAAACAUUGCUGAACAAGUUGAUUAUUUGUAUUCAAUUCAAUAGUUCAAUACAGGAUCUUGCCAGGAAUCCAAAAACUCGUGAGACGAGACCACAAAUAUAUAAACAUUAGUUGUUUUUCA